AUGCAUUUGGCUGAGAAAUCUUUUAUCUCCAGGGGAACAGUGCGUUCAACAGAAGUCACCAAUGAUCGAGGACGGCAAUCUCUGAAUGUCUGCUCCGUGACCUAUGUAGAGAUUGCACACCAUUCAAGAACGUCACGCUCAGCCGGGGUGCUAAAAUGGGCUUCGGCACAAUUGAGACUCUACCAUUCUCUGGGUCAGCAAACCUUCUUGUUGCUGCUGCUACUCUUCCCAGAUGCUGCCUUUCCCCUUGCUGCUCAUAACUUGAAACCAGCCCUGCCUCCCAUUGUAAAAGACAAACCUUUCCUAGUGACUUGGAAUGCGCCAACGGCUCGCUGUGCAGCUGCCUACGACGUCCCUCUCCACUUGGACUCCUACGGCAUCCUGGUGAAUUCCCAGGAAGCCUUUGUGGGUGGGAACAUCACCAUCUUCUACUAUGACCAACUAGGCUUAUAUCCGUAUUAUGUGAACACAACAGUGGCAUCCAGUGCGGUUCACGGUGGCUGUCCUCAGAAUGUCAGCUUGAAAGACCACCUGGAGAAGAUGACAAAAGACAUCGCUGUGGCCAUGCCCUCACACUCUUUUGCAGGUCUCGCUGUGAUUGACUGGGAGAACUGGAGGCCUCAGUGGAUUCGGAACUGGGACAAAAAAAAUAUCUACCGGGACAUGUCCCUCCUCUUGGUCAAGCAAAGAAACCACCAUUUAUCUGAUUAUGAAGCUGAGCUGGAGGCCAAAUGGGAGUUUGAGACAGCUGCCCAGAAUUUUAUGACAGACACUCUCCGCUUAGCCCAAUCUCUGCGCCCCAAUGGCUGGUGGGGCUACUACCUCUUUCCCGACUGUUACAACUAUGAUUACUUGGAUGACUUUGAGGGCUUCACGGGUCACUGUCCCCCGGUGGAAGUGCAACGCAAUAAUGACCUCUCUUGGCUUUGGGAGCACAGCAGGGCCCUCUACCCGUCCAUCUACAUGGAAGAGAUGCUGAGAACUUCUCCUCAAGGGAAGAAGUUUGUGAGGGCCAAAGUGGGCGAGGCCUUGAGAGUGGCUGAGUUGCCCUCUGCCCAACAUUCCCUACCUGUUUUUGUGUAUGCCAGGCCAUUCUACACCUACACUCUGAAGGAGCUGAGCCAGACAGACCUGGUGUACACCAUAGGGCAGGCUGCAGCCAUGGGUGCUCAUGGCCUUGUACUCUGGGGAGACGCAGAAUAUUCUCGGAACCGGACCAAUUGCUUAAAGGUCCAGAAAUAUCUGACAAGCACUUUAGGCCCAUAUAUUGUCAACGUGACCAGGGCAACUGAGCUCUGCAGCCGUCAUAUCUGCAAUAAUCAUGGCCGCUGCGUUCGCCGGAGAAUGGACUCUGACGCUUAUUUACACCUUGGUCUUAAUCCUACGGAGGGCAUAUCCACCCUUGAGUUGGCCAACAGGACUUUAAGCCAACAACAGAAGGUCAAGAUGGAGCAGGAGUUUGCUUGUCAUUGCUACAAGGGAUGGAGUGGCAAAAGGUGCCUUUUCAAGGGGCACAGCGUGCGAUUGUGGGCAGACAGUUGGUGCAUUUACGGCACAGUUUUGUCUGUACUUUGGAUAAGGUAUUUAUGA